AUGUAUUUCAUUCAUAGUUUGUCUGCGCUAGGCAAUAGUGCAAUAUACCACGCCGAUUCUGAAAAAGUAGACAAUCAUAUCGAUUAUGAAAAAUGCCUGUUUGAUAAAUUAGACAAACAUUUAGAUAAGUCAGAUACUUUUAAGUACAAGGAUUCUGCUGAAAACCGUUAUGCACUUUCCAUUCGAAUGAUCGAUAGACCUGAUUUCCAUCUGGCAAUUUCAGGGAAAACAUGGUCUGUUAUUCAGGAGCACUAUCCUUGGCUAAUACCUAAACUGGUUGUGAAAGGUACAGUGUUUGCUCGCUUCUCUCCUGAACAAAAAGCACAAGUGAUUGAAGCUCUUCAGUCAGUUGGUUACUUUGUUUCUAUGUGUGGAGAUGGUGCAAAUGAUUGUGGAGCUUUAAAAGUAGCUCAUGCUGGGAUUUCCUUAAGUGAAGCAGAAGCAAGUAUUGCUAGUCCUUUUACAUCAAAGAAACAAAAUAUAAGCUGUGUACCUAUGCUUAUAAGAGAGGGUCGUUGUGCUCUUGUAACAAGUUUUGGAACGUUUAAAUUUAUGGCUGGUUACUCCCUUAUUCAGUCAUUUUCUACAAUUAUACUUUUUGCG